AUGCUCCGUGCUCAAAUCUUUAUAUUGCUGGUGCUGUUUAGUCUCAGCAUCGGGGAAAUCAACCAGACAGAAAAGACUCACUUGAAACCGGCUUUUGAGAGAGUUUUUAGUCGGAAGAAACGUGCCAUUAUUUUUCCGCCUGGGUCAUUUUUCAAAUUUACCUGCAAUUUUGGCAAGGGAUUAUUGUCAUCGUAUCCACGUGGUAUUAAUUUCAAUUUGGAAGAAGCUGUCUACUUUCCCAUACCAGGCACCAGAGAUGAUCUAUAUCCCAAACGUUUCUUGCCAAAAACAACAACCACGCCGAAGCCCAAGACGACGACGCCAGAGACCUAUGUCUAUAUACCAGGAACAGAUUGGCGUUUCAAGGCACAGGCUUUGCCUAAGAAGAAACCUCGUCCACAACCCCCAAAGACGCAUCGCAUCGAUGUAGGCAGCUCUGACAAUCCAUAUAAAUGGCAGCAAUGGGCCAAAUAUGGUUCAAGCCAGGCACAAAAAUGGAAGACGAGUGCCAAUAAGCAAUGGAUCAAUAAGAGAAAAUGGUCAAAGUGGACAACACCAGCUCCAAAAUGGACAGCGGACUGGAGGAAUCAUUGGCAAAGAAGCAGAACCAGACCAGGACUCAUAAUUGAGUCUCCUUCCGCAACCGGAAACUAUCAUGGUCAUCGCGAUCGCAGACAGUUAUUUGAUCACUUCAGUGGAUUGAGCACUCUUUUUGGCUUUGAUGUGAAGUCCUGCAUAUUGCGUACCAUCUGCGAUUCAAAGCGUCUUCUCUUGCCUCCUGGUUAUUCCAUGCUACAGGAUAUGCUGCGAUUGGUUUUCACUAUGCCUAGAUUAGAUGGACUGGAGGAUGAUUAUACUCGUAUCAUGAGCAAAGAUGCCGAUCUCUGUGCACGGGAAUUAAAAACUAAGUGUAAUAUGAACUUGUUAAUUUGGUUGUUAAGUGGUAAACAUCAAUAAAAUAACUACAACAAUAA